UCCCAGCAGCAGCACUGCGCAGGUCAGUGGCCUUUUAAGAUCACUCCGCGCUCAGGAGCCAAAGAGUCCCCGCUGCCCGGGAGUCCUCGUCCGCGCCCGGAGAGCGGAACGGCGCAAGGCCUGCUCCCGGGAGCUGCUGUCCCUCUGUGCCCCUUUGUCCGCGGUGUUGCGCCCUGCUUGGCGUCCGCAAGGGGUUGGCGAAGGCGGGCGAUGGCGCGGAGGGAUAUGGAGCAAUGCGUCCCGUUUGAAUGGCGGUAGCGGGCUUCGGGCGGCGUCUGCGCUUUUCCUACCCUAUAGUGAGGCACCUGGGUCAGUCUGUCUUAAAAUCAGUCAGUCCCUAAGCAUGCACAGAAGACUGAAGAAUGGAAACGCUCUCCUGAAAGCUCAAGACAAUGAGAGAGCACACACAAAAGAGAAGGAAGAGGCCCCUUGUUCUGAGCUGUCAAAGGACCAGAAGAUUUGCAAAGGCAUAAAGGCAUUCAAGGAGAAUUUAAGCAAUGGGCAGGAGGUGCAGCUGCCAAGAGGCACCCUGCAGCACCCCAGAAGCCGCGGCAGGCGAUCACAGCGCCCCAGGGCAGGUGUCAGCAGCUGCCAGCUCACUGAGUGCUCUCUGGACACGCUGGAAAGGGCUGCUGCUGGGGAGCAGUCCUUGCCUUUCAGCAGCAAGGAGAAUCUGCCGGCAAGCAGCCGUCUUUCUUUGGGGGAUGAAUUCUGCCUGACACCUAACAGGGACAAAGCAGAAGGAGAAUCUGCCUGGGGACUGUCAGCGAGCCAGGGGCAGACACCUGUGGGCUUUACACGUGGAACAGUUGCUGAAUUUGGGCUCCUCCAGGAAAGCUUUGCUAUACAAUCUGUAGGGGCAUCUCCAGCUUCAUUAAAAUUCAGACGAAGGGCAGCAAUUGGAGCGCGGGGAUCGCCGGAGAAUAACAGCCUCAUUCAGUUCCUUGCCCAGCAGAGAAGCAACAGGCAGAAAGAAGAUUUGGCUCAGGUCAGUCCUUUCAAACAUGUCAGGCUGCUGAAGGACAAGAUAGACACUUUUCAAACUGUUAAACCAGUAGAAGAGACUGAAGAAACAACUGGCACCUCUGGACUGGCACAAGUGGCUGAAAUAGGCUCCUAUUUCAGUUCCAACCAUUGCACUAAAGAUGCUAGAAGGAAUGCUGUACCAGAUCUGAGCAGAGAGCAGGAAGUGAGCCCAGUGUCUGACGAAAGCAAGCCCUGCACCACUCCAUCCCACUCCCCAGCAAACACCAGCAGGCCUCUAUCGGCUGAGCGGGCACAGAGCGGUUACUGGCUGUCACCUGUGCUGAAGAGAACACCAGAGGAGCAACCACUGGAGAGAGUGCAGGAAUGCUUCUAUGAUGCCCUUGAUGGAAGAGGUGAAACCCUUGCAGUCUCCAGCUGCACAGAGAUCUUUGAAGCACUGCAGACAGUUACAACAGAGGAAGCUGAAAGGCAGAGCUCUGAAAAGCCAAAGAAAAAAAAAGUUACUUUUGGGCAAGAUCUGAGCCCAGAAAUCUUUGAUCGAGCUUUGCCUGCGAAUGCUCCGCUGCGCCGGGGAGGGACCCCAGUGCGGCUGCAGAGCCACAGCAGCCCCUCUGCUGCAGGGCUCAGUCUCACUGAGGAGCCAUUGCCCCAGCCCAACUUUGAUUGCUCUGAGGAAUGUGAGCCUCUGCGGGGGUUAGUGCAGGACCCUGUUGCUGCAGAAGAUCUCAUGCCUGCUGAGAAUGCAGAAGCAGCAGCUGGCAAAGCUGGCAGGAUGAGAACUCGUUCCUCUAUGAAGAAGCAGUGCAGCACCACCUCAGAGGGGACUGAUGUUGGCAUCUCCAGUGCCACAGCUCCUGAGAACACUAAGGGCAUGGAUAAUCCCAGGCGGAACAAGCUUCCAAAACAGAAGAAUCCAACAAUAUCUACUGUCAAAAAGCCACAAAAAAGGCAACGUGCAGGCUGUGUGAAAAGGAGGAAGAAAGUAAAACCAGCUUUGUAUGGGGAGAGAACAAUGGCUUCCAAGAAACCUCUCCUCAGCCCUGUCCCUGAAGUUUCAGAGUGCUCCUUGUCUCCAAGCUCACUAUUUUUUUCAGAGGAUGUGUUCUCAUGGAGUGCUUGCAAGGAUGUCCAGCAGAAGCCAGUGGCUGAAAGAAUGAGAGGCCAAACCAUCUCUACAGCUGAUACUUCUGGAAGCUCUGAGGAUCUGAAUGUGGCAGAAGGCAGCAGUUCCCAUGAAACAGUGCCUCAGGUGUCAGAUGGUGAUCUGGAGGCUGCUGCUGGUGCUGAUCAGGAGUUUUCAAACGUUGUGCCAGAUGCCAGGGGUGGCCUUGAUACCUCUGACUGUGCCCCUCAAAGUGAAGAGACUGCACAUGUAACAGAGGCAGAAGGAAGCACUUCCUGGAGAGAAAAUGGGAGGUUAGAAGGAGCCCUACUCAAUGAGGCAGAGUGGGUCACUGGGCUGGAAUUCAUGGAGCAGGAGGGUGCCAGAAGAUCUCUGCAUCCUCAGAAGGGCUCUGCCAGAACGGGUCUAAGAAGGAGGAGAACAAGAAGUGGAGUCUUCCCUUUUCCAGCUUUUCAACAGGAGGACACAACUGAAGACAAUCUUCCACUUCCUCCUUUUCACAUGGAAGAAUUCUUAGCUGCUCCUUGUGAUUCUUUUAAUGUGGAAGAUUUCUUCUCUGUUCCUCAGCCAAAACGUGACCACUCGGAGCCUUCUGGCAGGGGCGCAGUAAGAGUGAGGCGCAGCAUGAGACUGCAUGAAGAUGCCCAAAGCGAAGGCCUUGAGUGGAUUCUGCUACCGAAGGAGAUGCAGAAUUGUCCUCCCCUGCUGGCUCCUGCUCGCAAGCUCAGGAGAAGCGCAACUGUCCUUGGGGAAUCUGAGAACCUUGGCUUUGGAGAGCGAAACCUCACUCAGUUUUCAGCAGCAGGCAAGGAGAAUGAGGGCUCUGCCCGCCCUGCUGGGAGUGCCUGCCGGCAGCCGCGCAGGAGGAGCCUGCGCCUAUCCACGCCUGGAGGAACAGCAGCUGAGGCUCAGGCCCGGAGGUGGAGCAUAGCAAACCCUGUUUGUAGGAAGGGCAGAGGUGAUCCAAGCCCCUCUGAAGAAGCAGAAAUUCCUCUUCACAGUAGAUAACACUUAACAAAGGUUCAACAGCCUUUGGUUUUCUGAGAAGGAAGGUCAGUGUCAGACUCCUGUUCCAUCUCCAACCCCCUUCUCACUCUCCUGCAUUUCCUCACUUUUUUCUUAAUCCAUGAGUAGCUUAGAGCUGGUGUUCCAUGUCCUGAUGCCUAAAAUGCAUUCACUCAGAUUAAUUGUAGUAAAGAAAAAAAAUAAAUGUUUUAAAUCUU